UUUAAUCCAAAAUAAAAUACAAAAGGAUAUACCUACAGUCAAUCAAAAAAUAAAUAGAUAAAGAGCGUUUAAAGCCUAAACAGAUAGAUAGAUAUACAACCAAUUAAGCAAGUUAAAAAUUAUAAAAUGUCUCAACAGCAACUCAAUUAUAAUAGCAACCAUCCUGUGUAUUCUCACUAGAUUAUAUAAGGAGCCCCACAAAUCACUAAUAGUUACAGUGUUGGCGCUGAAAAGAGAUACAGUGAAAAGUUUACCUCUGGCACAAGUAAUGCCGUGCAUGGAGCUUCUCGCUUUGCUGUUAAUUCCCCAGCCAUUCGUACUCCUAAAAACUAGAAAAUAGUCUACAUUACUAAUAACGAAUAGUAGCAAGCUGUGCAAGGUUAGGCAGUUAUUGGAGGUCACUAGAUCGUAUAAGGUCAUCAAAAGUUAGUAUCUGGAACACAAUUAAUUUAAGGCUCUUAGUUAAUUGGAGGAUAGGCAGUUUAAUAAGUUAUACACCCCUAGUAAAUUGUUUCUGGUCCCAUCAUCACCACAAGAUAAAGUGCUGUUUACCAAUAAGUUGAAUAGGUUCCUUAAAUCAUCACUACAACUGUUCCUUCUUAAUCUUAAUUAAUCAGUUAGCAAUAGGCUAAUUUACUUGUUAGCAACUCUCCUUCUCAUAUUUAGGUUGUGAAAAGUGUUGUUUAAACUCCUCCAUCCGUCAUUCACACAAAGCAAGUUAUCUCUGCCUCUCCUGUAGUCCAUACUACAAGUGAAAUCAUUAAAAGUACCUAAAAUGUCUCAUAUUCAUCAAAUGAUGAGCUCUUAAUCAAAGAAUUAGAAGGCUAUAAGAAAAAAUGUGCUCACUUGGAAACACAUAUCUUGGAGUACAAAUAAAAGUUUGAAGUGAUCAGAAUUACAGAGAGUUAGUUAACUGAAGUACUUACUGAAAACAGAAAUUUAGCACAACAAAUAAAUGAAUAUUUGAUGCAAAUAACACAAUACAGAUAACAAAUAGAAUAGUUGAAGUUGCGUUUGAAUUAAACAGCAAUCUUUGAGCAAGAGUACAAAAAAAUAUAAGAUAUUUACAAUUAGUAACUUAUCUUGAUUGAAUAGAUGAAAAACGAGCUUAUCAUGAAAAGCAACAAAAUUCAAGAGCUUCUCCACAAGGAUGAAGAAAAUCAAAGAAUAAUUUAAAAUUUAAUGAAUUAGCUCUAAGGCAUGCAAGAUCAGAACGAUGAAAUCGUUAAGAGAUCUAAGAGAGAUAAAGAUAAUAAAGAUAAAGAAUAUUAGGAUAAGAUAGAUGCAUUAAAUUAAAAACUUGCAGAUAAAGAAAAGGAAUUGCAAAACAUUCUCUUUGCUCUCUCUAAUUCUGAAAAUUCUAAAUACCAAGGAGAUCUUUAGCUUAAAAAUUUACAAGAUAACAUAGCAUAUCUUCAAAUUGAAAUUAAGAAUAAAGACGAAACAGUCAAAGCUAAAAAUGCUGAAAUUGACAGGUUGAGAGAAUAGCUCAAUAACUUGCAAAUUAAUAUUUACUAAUUGUAAAAUGUAGAAUAGGAAAAGCAAAGAUUAUAGCAAGUUAUAGAAAAUAAGAAUUAAGAAAUUGAAUAGUGGAAGAAAUCAUAUGCUGAUUAAGAUUAGAAGAUAAACGAACUCAGAAGUCAAGUUACAAACAUUUAUGUUUUGUAGAACUAAAUUUAGAAUUUGUAACGCGAGAAUGAAGGUUUAAGAAACAUGAUUGAUCAAAAGGAAGAUGAUGUCAAGCGCUCUAAAAAACGUGAAAAGGAACUUGAAAAGGAAUCAGAUGAUAAAAAGGUUCUUCUUUACGAGAAAUCUCAAUAUGAAGCUAAAUUGUAAUUGCUUACAAAUGAAAUCGAAAAUCUCACACGCACUUUAUAAUAAAAAUAAACUGAAAAUGAAGAUUUGAGAUUAAAGAUUACUCAAAUUCAAAGCUAAGUUUAUUUGCUUCAACAUAACGAAACAGUUGUAAUUAACUUGAACACUUAAAUUACCAACCUUGAAAAUGAUUUAAAAGCUGCAAGAGAAUUAGCUCAAAAACUUGAGUAUGAAACCAUCUCACUAAAGAGCCAAAUUGCCGAAAGAGACUACAAGAUUUAAGGCUUAACCUAAGAAAUAAAUAACUUAAAGAGCAUUUCCAACGAAUACAAUCAAGUCAGACAAUCUGUAAAUGAAACUGAAUUGAAAGUGAUAACUUUGAACUAAACCAUUAACAAGCUUAAUCUUACAAUCCAACAAAAGGAUCAUGAAAUUGAAUACUACAGAAAUGCUAACAAGAAUCUGGCUGAAGAUAACGAAAAAAUGAAGAAACUUAUUGCUGAAUUACAAAUUAUUGUUCAUUAGUUAGAAAUAACAUUAAAAGAAACUAACAUUUAGCUUAAUAUUUAUAAAGAAACUCAAAAUACUAACUUAAGUCUUUAUAGCUAGAUUGACUAAUUGAAGAAAUAAUUGAAUGAAUCUGAAUUAAGAUAUGAAGAACUCCUUAAGAAGUAUAACUUUGAAAAAGAGCAAUAUGAAAAUAGGUUAGUCCUAUUAUCUACUGAGACUUAAAGAAAGGAUUUCAUGAUCAACUCUAAAAACUAAGAAAUUGAAUAACUGAGAACUCAACUCAUUUCUUACACAGAAAUUCAAAUCUAGUACAAGUCUACUCAAGACAGAAUCCAAUAUCUUUUAUAAGAAAUCGAUAGAUUAACUGCUGACAACUAAGCCUUGGCUAAAGAACUUGAAAUUGUAAGAUUAAGGUAUGCCUAAUACGCUGUCCUUGAAUUAUAAAUUUAAGAUUUGCUCAUGAGAAUAGUUUUACAAAGCGCAGAAGUUGAGAGUCUUAGAUCUUUGGUUAACCAAAACAAAUAAGAAAAUAACUCUUUAAGAUAAUCUUAACUUAAUGUCUACAGAUACUGA